CAAAAUGAGAGAAGAGAGAAAAAACAAAGAAAGAGUUUAAAAAAAAAAAAUGAGAGAAAAAAGGAAAGGGGCGUGACAACAUGAGAGAGGGGGAGAGGUUAGUUAGAGAAAAGGGAGUGGCCACACCAUUAGUUGAAGGUGUGGCAUGCCUCAUAUAAAAGUUUGUGAAGCCCAAAAACAAAAACAAAAACAAAAACACCACACCCCUUAUCGAAUCUGGUACCGCUCACAAAACACCAUUUUCUUUCAUCUCCCCCCCACUACUCCCACCUUAUCUAUCUCUCUAUCUAUCUAUCUCUCCCUCCAUUUCCCCAUUCAACUUCUGCAAUAAACACUCCCCCCUUAUUCUCUCUCCUCUCUAACAAUGUCAAACGAAGCCGACGAAGAACAACUCCAACAUGAAUCCGACUCCGACUCCGACUCCGACACCAAUACCGACUUGGACUCAGACGACGAACUCAACAACAGGUCCUCGACCAAUAGAUACCCCUACGAACAACAACAACAACAACCACCAGGCGAAUACGAAGCCUUAUUCGGAGACGACGAGCAAUUCGAAAACGUUAAGAAAUUCGCCCGAGUAUACCAAUCACCCAGGUACAAGCGCGCUCUAGAGGAAGAAGAAAACAACAUUGAAUACGAGGAAGACAAAUUUAACUUCCCUAAAGACAGAGAAAAUUGGAGAGAGGAAGACUUGAGAGAGUUAUGGGCUGAUGCUCCAUUUGAUACUGAUAAACCUGGGUGGGACCCAGUUUGGGCUGAUGAACAAGAUUGGAGAGCUGUUGCUGAGGAACUCAAAGAGGGUAAUGACCCUCCAAUUGCACCCUUUUAUGUUCCUUAUAGGAAAGGAUAUCCUGUUAUACCCAAUAAUCAUCAUGAUAUUUCCAGCCCCAAAUCGGUUAUUGAAGAAUUGGAUCGAACUGAGGAGUUUAUGAGAUGGGUUAGCUAUAUUUUUCCGGAUGGUAGCUCGUAUGAAGGCACUGUCUGGGAUGACUUGGCUCAUGGAAAAGGUGUUUAUGUUGCUGAGCAAGGUCUAGUGAGGUAUGAAGGAGAAUGGCUUCAAAACAACAUGGAGGGGCAUGGUGUUGUCGAAGUUGAGAUACCUGAUAUAGAACCUCUUCCAGGCUCCAAACUUGAAGCAGAUAUGCGUGCUGAAGGGAAAAUCAUAAAGAGAGAUUUCAUGAAUCAAGAGGAUAGAGAAUGGCUGGAGAAGGAUAUUGAAGACACUGUUCAUUUUGCUAAUGGAACUUAUGAAGUCCCUUUCUAUGAGAAUAAUGAGUGGAUAAGACAAUUUGGAAAGAAGCCGGAAAAAGGUCGGUAUCGUUAUGCUGGUCAAUGGAAGCAUGGACGAAUGCAUGGUUGUGGUGUGUAUGAAAUGAAUGAGAGGCCCAUCUAUGGCCGAUUCUACUUUGGUGAACGGGUGGAGGAAUCUGCUGGUUGUGAUGAAAAUAUUUCUAUGAUGCAUGCAGGUAUAGCUGAAGUUGCCGCAGCCAAGGCUAGAAUGUUUGUUAACAAGCCCGAUGGAAUGGUCAGAGAAGAGAGGGGUCCAUAUAGCGAUCCUCAGCAUCCAUACUUUUACGAGGAAGAGGAUGUAUGGCAGGCUCCAGGUUUCAUCAACCAGUUUUACGAAGUUCCUGAUUACUGGAAAACUUAUGUGCAUGAAGUGGAUGAAGAAAGGGAAAUGUGGUUGAACUCUUUUUACAAAGCACCAUUAAGACUCCCGAUGCCUGCAGAGCUUGAAUAUUGGUGGGAAACAGAUCGAGCUCCAGAAUUUGUUCUUUUAAAUAAGGAGCCAGAACCUGACCCUAAUGAUCCAUCUAAGCUCAUCUAUACUGAGGACCCUGUCAUAGUGCACACACCAACUGGGCGAAUAAUCAAUUACAUCGAGGACGAAGAACAUGGUGUCCGCUUGUUUUGGCAACCUGUUCCAAGAGAUGGUGAAGAUGUUGACCCAACAAAGGUCAAAUUUUUGCCUCUUGGGAUGGAUGAGUUCUAUGGACGAGAAACAGAUGUAAAGAACGAGGGCAUUUGGAAGCGUUUGGUAUGUUCAAUAGAGAAUUCAUGUAAACCCUGGUUUGAGAAACUAGAACAAUGGACUGAAGAGCAGAAGAAAGCGAGUGAAAUUAGAAAGAAGCUUUUAGAACAGGAGCUUGAAUUGGCAGAGGCUGAACUGAGCUUGGAAGAGGCCCUUGAAGACAUGGAGGAGGCGUUGAAACAACAAGAGAAAGAGGCAGAAAAGAAAAUUGACAUGGAUCUUGAGGAAGAAGAUGUGUCAGUUUCUUCUUCUUUACCUGCUGAACAGGAGGAGAAAACUUCACCAAAGGAGGAGAUCGAAGAUGAGGAUGAGGAGGAAGAGGAAGAAGAUGAUGAUUUGGCUCCGUCAAGUUUUGGGUCUGUUGUAGAUUCAAAGGACAAAAAAAGUGGAUCUGGGAGGUCUCCGUUCUCUACACUUUCACUUGCUUCGACUGGUUUUCUCUCAAUGGUUCCAUCAGUGGUUGAGAAAUCAUUUGCAAUGUGGAAGAAGGAAAGAUCUCCACAGAAAGCUCCACAGGCAUCAUGUAGCAGUAACACAGGCUGUAUUGAAUAUUCUCAUUUGGUCUCUUUUCCCCAAGCAUUUCCGGACAAAAUGAGCUUGAGAGCAAAAGGGCAGGCUGUUCUAAGGCUCCAGGUGAAACGGGGUAGAAAAUUGUUUGGUGCAUCCCGAACAUCCUCUUCCCAGUCAACAUGCUCCGAAAAUCCUCUCAAAGAGGAUAUAUCUCAGGUGCUCCAUUGGUUUGCUGCACCUCCACAAAGUAACUUAGACAGGAUAUUAUCUUUGCACAUACCAGUUCAAUGCUUGGAUUCAUGCAGUGGAUAAUGCUACAGUAAAUGUAGUGCUACCUUUUUGUAGUUUUUUUUUCGAAGAAAAGGUUUUGUUGUCCGGGAUGAGUUGAGUUUCCGAUCAUGUAUGGCUCUAGCCUCGGUAAGUAAUAGCGGAAUCAUUGAAAUUGAUCUUUCUUGUUUAUUGCAGCAUUGUUGUGUUUUCGAAUGAAGAAAAGCAUAAUUGAUUAGUUCUGUAGCAGACAAUUUCAUAACCAUGUAUGCUACAUACAUUGUUGUAUUGCAGUAUUGUUGUGUCA